UCCAAACCUUUCUACGCGUUUAUUAUCCAAUAAAGGCCCAACACACCAUCUGUGGUUCGGGAGUCGCGGCCAAAACGCAAAAAUAUCCAGGGAUUUUCCACGAGGAUACCUUUCAGGGCCCGUAACAAGGACUUUCAUUCAAACAUUGCCGGAAAAAGUUGGAUGGGACCAACCAGCUUCCCAUUCAACCAAGUACCUGAAAGACUACGCAUGGUUCCUGCUGAAAAGCUCAGCCCAUAUGAACGGGCUCCAGCGGCCGUUCGAGAGCUGUACAGCGAAUGUCGACGUUUGAGCGCCCUACAGAUCGAUUCGCAUCCGCAAAUUCUCGAUUUUCAAGGCCUGAACAAGGAUCGCUUACCCGAUGGAAUCGUCCUCAAGGAAUGCAUCCCUCCGUCUUCCCUUGAACUAGCGUUUGACGAGUUCAUGGGUAGCAAUUCCUGGAGGAAAGACCUACGUGAUGGAAGAGACGGUGCUUGCGUUUAUGGAAUACGACAAGUUCCCGGUCUCCGGAUCCUCCCGUCGCUGCUCCCGCCCGCCGUCCAGACCGAACUCCUUUCCCGCUUGCUUCACCGCGAUCUAUCAGACGAAAGGCACCAAACCAACCUACAUCUACAUUACGACGUGUCCUACCCGUCUCCGUCAAGCGAUGCGAACGGAGCAUCGGCACUCAAAGGUACACAGCAGGAGGCGUGCUGGUCUACAAACUCGUCAUUCUUUCGAGACGAUCCCACCCGGACUUUUAGCCCCAAGGAUGCCACGGUACACCGUCCGCUAUCGAUACAAGCUGCCCUCAACAGUAAACUCCGCUGGAUAACGCUUGGUGGCCAGUACAACUGGACGACCAAGGAGUAUCCCCCAGGCCCUCCUCCGGCUUUCCCUUCGGACAUAAGUACUCUUCUUCACAGUAUAUUCCCGGAAACGACUGCGGAAGCUGCCAUUGUAAAUCUUUAUUCUCCUGGCGACACUCUUAACCCGCAUAGAGAUGUAAGUGAAGAGUGCGACACUGGCCUGAUUAGCAUCAGUCUCGGAUGUCAUGCGUUAUUCUUGGUGGGGCACGGGAACGGGGACUCCUGUGCCGUAAUCAGGCUCCGGUCUGGCGAUGCGGUCUACAUGACCGGCGCUUCUAGAUUCGCAUGGCAUGCUGUCCCCAAAAUCAUACCAUCGACCUGUCCAGACUGGCUGAAGACUUGGCCUGGUGGUGGCGAUGUGCCAGACGAAGACUCCCAGCGUUGGUGGGGUUGGAUGGCGGGAAAGCGAGUCAAUCUUAAUGUCCGGCAAAUGUUUCAAUCUCCCCCAACUAACCCCGCAGCCUUAGGCGAAAAUGACUGA